UCAUCGGUGACCCACCAUUUUUAGAUACCGAAGCCUGCUUAGCGAAAGCUUCUAUUCUGUCCUCUGCUAUCUAAGCUAUUUGGUCGCGCCAGAUAUAUGAGCUGCGUUGCAUUUGCUCUUUGCGUUUACUCGACGGAAAGUUUGAGUUAUUGAGGUUCAUCCAUAGAGUAAUAUAAUAGUUUGUAUGCAUUUGAUUAAAACUAAUUGGUUUAAGCUCAAUAGGUAGUUACUUGGUUAUAAUAGUUUCGAUACAAAGACCUUAUGGUCUUGAAGUCAUUUUCGGAAAAUUUUAGUAGUGCACAAAGUUGCAUCCAUAAGUGUGUGACAAAUAUGACACACAUGGGUUACUAAAUUAUAAUUAAAUAUAAGAAGAAUUAAAGUUACCAUUUGAUGUGGUGCUGUUGGUUGAUAAGAAAUUGUGUGGAUAUAAAAUUCUCUCUGCUUUCUCAAACAACCAAUGAAGGGGACAUAAAGGAAAACAAAGAGAGAAAAAGCGUUGAAAAGUAAAAGGUAAACGCCCCAAAUUAUCUGCUUUUUCGCCUGUCCGAGGGAAGUAAUGCAGUUUUUCCCCUGUAUAUCGCUCUGUGUUUUAAAUGUCGUUGAGUUGUCGUAUUUCCGCCUGAAAAUACACCGAUUUUGCUCCACUUUUGAACACAUUCAGCAUAAUCCUAAACGUCUUCUGUGUUCGCAUUUAUUUCCAUAAAACACCACACGACAACUUUAUUCGACGUUAAAAUUCGUACAUGUUUAAAAAAUUUAUUAAAAAGAAGAUACGUCAUAUUGUAAAACAUUAGGAGUAGUUGACAGAUGCUAUAGCAUAGAUCGUCAUGUAUUUUAACUGUAAUUGCCAAGUAUUAUUGCGAUUUGAAAAGAUCUAUCUAUCUAUUAUUAAUUAGGCUAGUGUGCUAAAUUACAAGUGCAUUUAAAAUCGAACAGGCUUUCUCAACAUUUAGUCAAAGAGUUUCCCAUAAAAGUAAGAAAGUGAACAUUAGAAAUAUUCCACUGAUUAUUUCUAACACCUGUUCGACUAUUGCGAAUCAAAAUAAUCUUGUGAAUUCUGAAAUCUAAAGAAAAAAAUUACAACGAUAUAUUAUUGUCCUAGCUAGGAAACAGCGGUUAUAUCUGUACACCUUGCUUGUGUUUUCAUAUACUAACGUACCCCCAAUCUACACACAAGCUUUCCAACGAUUGGGAGUCGCAUAAUGUUAGAUGAUGAGUUCGCUGAGCUGGAUCUAAAUGAAAACUCUGAAAACGCCUUAAAUGUGUCUUUAAAUUCUGAGUCUUGUCUGCAAACUGGUUUUACACCUGAACGAAUUGUCACACAUGAUAAAUCACCCAUUGACAUUGGGAAAGAAACUGUAAAAACUGUUUCCGAUGUUGCAUAUGUAAAAAUCACAAACCCUGCAAAAGUUGGUGAGGGUAUUUCGUCAUACGUAGUAUAUCGUGUUAAUACAAAGCUUAAUGGCAAGGAGUUUUCAGUCCUCAGACGAUUUUCUGAUUUCCUUGGGCUGCACGAAAGGUUGGUCACAAAGUAUAUUUCUGAAGGAGUUAUUGUUCCCCCCGUUCCUUCUAAAGAUAUGCUAGCUACAACUAAGGUUAAAAUGUCAAAGGACGUUUCUGUAGAAAAUGAAUUUGUUGAACGCCGCCGAAUAGCUUUAGAACGAUUCCUAUCACGAGUACUCUCACAUCCAGUUUUACGUAUUGAUGAAGAUGUCUGUGAGUUCCUUCAGCAUGAAGGAGAGCUUCCACGUGCAACAAACACCCAACUAUUAUCCGGUGCUGCAGCGAUAAAAGUGAUGAAAAAUUUGGGUGAUGCAAUUGGAAAGCUUGCUUACAAAGUUGAUGAUCCCGAAGAGUUCUUCUAUCAGAAAGCAGAUGAAUUAGAUGGCUGGGAAAAGCAACUUAAACGUCUUCACUCUUCGCUUCUUAAUUUAGUAUCAGGAGACAAUGACCUAGCAAAUGCCGAAGCUGGUUUGUCUCGUUCAGUUCUUCUCCUGGCUAAUGUAGAAGAAAAUACUGGUUUAGCUCAAGCACUUCAUCAUCUGGCAGAAACAGAAGGACAUGUCGCUGAUUUACACGCUUUACAAGCAGAAGCGCAUACGUGUCAUUUAGUGGAGUAUUCUCGAGAAUUAUUAGGCAUGGUCCAGGCCUGCAAGGAUGUUUUAAGUGAACGUGUACGAAUAUAUCGUACAUGGAAAACUGCUGAAGCUAAUCUUCGUUCAAAGCGUGAACAGAAAAUUCGAAUGGAAAUGGCACCUAGAAAUGAUAACAAAAAGAUGGCCACGAUAACAAUGGAAUUAGAAGAUCUUGAAAAUCGUGUCGAUCAAGCUCAGCAUAAAUUUAAUAAUAUAUCUAUAAAUAUUAAAAAAGAAUUUCAAAAUUUCGACUUGAAUCGUUUUGCUUAUUUCAAACAAGCCACUACAGAAUAUUUAGAAUUGUUAUUACAAAUUCAACUAAAAGUGUUAGAGAACUGGGAGAAAUAUUUGUCUUGUACAAACGGUAUCAAUUGAUGGAUGCGCAUAUAUGCCUUGUUAACAAUUUUUUUCUUCUGAAAAUGAAAUAUCCUUGGUUUUGGAAUUAUUUUUCCUCCCUUUAUUACACAAUUAAUAUUCCACACUUAUUCUUCCAUUGGAAUUUUAAGUUAUAUAUGUAUGUUAAUUUCUCAUCACUUGUGUACACCUAACACGCACAGACAGAUAAUUCAUGUGUAUACACCUGUAUACUGACUGUAUUUUGGGUAAUUAAUUCUAAAUAAUCGCUUGGAUAUGGUGGUUGUGAUAAGUCUUUAUUUUUUCUUCUGUUAAUCUUUUUAUAAUUUAUUCAACUCUUACAUUGAUUUCAUAUCUCUGCCAUUUUGAUGUUGAUUUAAUGCAUAGAUUUAAUGAUCA